AUGGGAUUGCGCUACACGUCGUACAUCGACCAUCCCAAGACGAGACACACGAAAUUUGUGACUUAUGGGUGCUGCAAUUGUAGGACCCAUCUGAGCUCAUCUGCACAAGUGAUGUCCAAGGACUACCGUGGCACUACCGGAGACGCGUACCUUAUGAACCGGGUAGUGAACGUGGUGGAGGGCAGUCGUGAAACUCGAUGCAUGCUUACCGGUUGUUACGUCGUCUGCGACAUAAAAUGCCAUAUGUGCAAGAGUCUGGUGGGUUGGAAAUAUGUCGAAAGCGAACGGAAAGACCAACGAUAUAAGGAGGGGAAGUUCAUAUUAGAGCUGCAGACGAUAUGCAAAGUGUCGUGA